CAAAUCUGGGUGGGUGUGUUUGUGCGUGUUCUGAUGCCUGUUUGGUGAGUUUAGAAAAUACAUCAAGAACAGGAAGGGCUGAUGUUUAAUUUUUCACCAUUCAAGAACCUAGACAAUGCCGGGCACAGUGUUUUGGACUGCCUUCUCACUGCUCCUGUUUGCCUGUAGCAGUGUGGCAUUGAAGGAAAAAACUAAGAUAAAGCCACAGAGAUUGUCAAGAGGAUGGGGAGACCGGAUCACCUGGGUGCAGACCUACGAAGAGGGUCUGACUAAGAUGAAGGCGAGUAAAAAACCUUUGAUGGUCAUCCACCAUCAAGACGAUUGCCCAUUUAGUCAAGCACUGAAGAAAGUCUUUCUUGCUGAUAAAUCAGUUCAAAAAAUGGCGAAAGAAGAUUUUAUUAUGCUCAAUUUGGUGCACGAGACCGCAGACCCCAACCUGGCGCCGGACGGCCAUUAUGUUCCCAGAAUCCUCUUUGUUGACCCGUCUAUGAGUGUGAGAGCGGACCUCACGGGACGGUACUCUAACCGAUACUUCACCUACGAGCCUGCGGACAUCUCUGUCUUGGUGAAGAACAUGAGGAAAGCCAAGAUUCUGCUGCGGGAUGAACUUUGACUUGCUGACUGGGUUCCACCGUUAAUACGUUGAUUGUAAAUGAACAAUUAACUGAUCAGAUGAGCUGAUCAACUACUGAAGGUCAACAAAUCACCCUAAAAAUGAUGAAUGUCAGAAAGUCAUCGAUGUGAAACAGUUUUCAAACACAUUCUAUUUGAAAUUAUAUGUGCUUUCAAUUAACAACAUGAAUAAAUAUAUGAAUAGACUUACAAUAAAUAAUAAAAUAUUGUUAGUUUCA